GGACCGGGGCAGCGGGGCAGACGCAGGGGGAGGGGGGAGCCCCGCUCGGAGCAGCCGGCGCGGUGGCUCCGGCAGGUGGCACUGGCCGCCUCCCCCGGCCGCCUCCCCCGCUCCCCCCCCCGGCCCGGGCUCCGCCGCCGUCUCGUUCAGUCCGGCAGCGCCGAUGCUGCUGAACGGAGCUGCGGCCGGCUCGGAGCGAGGCGGCGGCGCUGGGGCCGGGGCCGGAGGGGCCCCGCAGUGCGUAGGCACCAUGGCCCGCUGGCUCCGCGAGCACCUGGGCUUCCGCAGCGCCAAGCCCGCGCCCCCCGCGCCGCCCAAGCCCGACUACCGCGCCGGGCCGCCGCCGCAGCCGCCCCCGCCGCCCGGGGGCGACGCCGAGCCGUUGGCCGCCGCCCAACCCGACAUCGUGGCGGCCUACCGGUUGCAAAAGGAGCGCGACUUCGAGGACCCCUAUAGUGGGCCGCCUCCGCCCGCCGCCCCCGACGGGCCCCGGUACGUUUCGCCCAAACACCGGCUCAUCAAGGUGGAGGCGGUGGAGAAAGUGCCCGCCAGCCCCCCGCCUCUGACAUCCGCCGCCCCCAGCUCGCCGCCAGCCGGCCCCGAGCUGCCCGAUGAGCCACCGCAGGAGCUGGCUGUCCUGGAGGACUAUGCAGAUCCCUUUGAUGCGGCGCAGGUGGCAGGUAGCCAGGCAGGGCUGGAGAAGGUGACAGAAAAUGAUGGAUACAUGGAGCCGUAUGAAGCGCAGAAGAUGAUGGCUGAGAUCCGCCAGAAAGGCUUACGGGAGGCUCCUGCCCGGCCGCUGCACCUCUACGACACUCCCUAUGAGCCUGUGCUUGGAGGGCUGGACAUGGAUGGUGACCGCCCAGCUUGCCCCAGGCCCAGGGAGUCCCGGCUGCCGGAGGAUGAUGAGCGGCCACCAGAGGAGUAUGACCAGCCCUGGGAGUGGAAGAAGGAGCGGAUCUCCAAAGCCUUUGCAGUUGAAAUCAAGGUCAUUAAAGACCUGCCAUGGCCACCGCCAGUGGGACAGCUCGACAGCAGUGAAAGCCCCGCGGACAGUGAGGCUGGUGCCUCUGUCCCUCCGCAGCAUGGCCAGCCCGGCUACGAAGACGCCAAUGGUCCAUCGGAGGGGCUGGGGUAUGGUCGCACUUCACCCUGCAGGGAGGAGAAGGCCAGGGCUGCCCUGAGGCAUGGCUCCAGCAGUCUAAAAAGCACGAAGACGCUCAUCGCCGAGCCUGGCCCCUUUGUUGGGGAGAGGAUUGACCCUGCCCUGCCCCUGGAGAGCCAGUGCUGGUACCAUGGGGCCAUCAGCCGGACGGAUGCAGAGGCUCUGCUGAGGCUGUGCAAGGAGGCCAGCUACUUGGUGCGCAACAGCGAGACCAGCAAGAAUGAUUUCUCCCUCUCCUUGAAGAGCAGCCAGGGCUUCAUGCACAUGAAAUUGUCCCGGACCCAAGAGAACAAGUACGUGCUGGGUCAGCACAGCCCACCCUUCGACAGCGUGCCAGAGAUCAUUCAUCACUAUGCGAGCCGAAAGCUGCCCAUCAAGGGGGCUGAGCACAUGUCCUUGCUCUACCCGGUGGCUAUCCGUACCCUAUAGUACUCACCAUCCACGAA